AUGGCUGAGCAGCUGCAAUUACAGGUUCUGCAGGAGAUGCAGGAGAUGAGGGCAGAGAUAGCGGCUCUGCGGGUAGAGCGGGAGAACGCAGUGGUAGGAGCCUCGGUGCAGUCGGUGAAUGUGCAGACAGUCCACUCGGGAGAUGAGGAGGUCAGUCGGCGGCCUUCGGUGGAGGAAGUGGGAGAAGCCGUGGGAGGAGCAAUGGUGGGAGGAGGUCGAGGAAGAGGGACUGGCCGAGGGGAGGGGCCAGCAGGGAGAGGGGUCGGUCGGGGGGCUGAACCGAGCGGCAGGGGAGUCGGAGGGAGAGAAGGGUUGAACGGGAGAGGGAGAGGGAGAGACGGCCAAGGAAGGGGAAGGGGCCGAGGUGAGGAAAACAUAGGGCGUGACCAGGACAAUCCGGAGGGGCGCAGGGAGCCUGCGUGGCAGAAUCCGCAGUUUGAAGAGAUUUGGGAGGAGGGAGACCAGUUCGACCAGGCCGAGGGGUUGCAUCCAUUCACUCAGAAUGUUAUGGGGGCAGUGAUGCCGGAGAAUAAGGUUUUCCCUUGGGUCGAGAAGUACGGGGGCACGUCAGACCUAGUGAAACAUCUGAGGUCGUUCGUGGAUGCCAUGGCAGUCUAUUCAUCCAAUGAGUUGGUCUGGUGCANGNUAUUUUCUCUAUCUUUGAAGGAUGAGGCUUUGGAUUGGUUUCACUCAUUGCCGCCUCGCAGCAUUGACGGGUUCGUUACCCUGAGGCAGCUGUUCAGCCAGNAGUAUGCCUCUAACCGUUCGCGAGGUUUGACUUACACCGCCCUUGUCAGGAUGAAACAAGGGCGGGAAGAAUCACUGAAGGGGUUUAUGGAGCGCUUCAACCGAACCGCUCGGCAGGUGCGGAAUGUGGACCAACGGCUGAUUGUAAGCGCACUCACGACAGCACUUAGGCCCGGCCCUUUCGUGGAUUAUCUAUAUGAGGAAGAGCCCCAAUCUAUGGGUGAGCUGCAGAAUAAGCUGGCCGGGUUUAUACGAAUAGAGGAGGGGAGGUCGUAUCGCAGUGAUCAGGGGGAAGAAGGAGGAACGAGGGAGAGAUCGGGUCAAAGGGAACGAAGGGGAGAGAAACGACCGGUCGGCGGGGAGCAUAGGGUGACAGUGAAGAGGGGGGCGGAGAUACAAAGAGCGCAACAGUAUUUCCAUCACACUCCGUUGAGUGCCCCGAGGGUGAGAGUCUUGGAAGAAGCCUUAAGGGCCAACUUGUUGACGGUGGCGCGGUCCCCAACCCCUCGGGGAGCGGACGAGAGUAAGCAUUGCCGUUAUCAUCAGAACAUGGGACAUUCCACAGAGGAUUGCAUGGCGCUGAGGGACAAGUUAGAGAGUUUGGUACAGGCCGGCCACUUGAGGGAGUUUGUUCGGAGGGAGAAUCCUAACCCAAGAGGGGCCACGGGAAGACACCGGGGUCAAUUACCGGUCGGUGAGAGGGCUCAGCCGACCAUUGAACGGACGGAGGGAGAGGGAAACGGAGAUAGGCCUCUGAAGGGAGUAAUAAACACCAUUUCGGGCGGAUUUGCCGGAGGAGGGGUGUCCUCGGCCGCCCGAAAGCGACAUCUGAGAAGCCUGAACAGCGUGAACAAGGUGGGGAUCGGCAGAAGAACCAUGCCGACCAUAACAUUCUCGGAUGAGGAUUUCCAUGCGCCGGACCCGGACCAAGACGACCCCAUGGUUAUAACGGCCAUCAUCGCUCGGUACAGUGUGGGAAAGGUGCUGGUCGAUCAGGGGAGCUCGGCCAAUAUCCUAUACUGGAAGACCUUCCAGCAAAUGGAGAUACCGGACGAGUCCAUCAUGCCGUUUAACGAGCAGAUCCUGGGGUUCGCCGGAGAACGGGUUGACACCAGGGGGUACGUGGAUUUAAAGGUGAGCUUAGGGGCGGAAAUGAGGGCGAAGGAGCUAAGAGUGCGCUUCCUCCUGGUAGAGGCGGACACUUCUUACAAUGUGUUGUUGGGGCGGCCAUGUCUCAACGCGUUUGGAGCAAUAGUGUCUACCCCGCACUUAGCUAUGAAGUAUCCGGCGGACGAUGGCACAAUCCGUACGGUCCGAGCCGAUCAGAGGGUAGCUAGGGAGUGUUAUGCUGCGGGGUUAAGAGUGCAACCCCCGAGGCAUAGGGUAUGCGAGACCCGAGCAGUUAUAUCGGCAGCAGAGUUGGACUCGAGAGAAGACACCACCGACCGGGUGGAACCGAUGGGAGAUGUCCAGCCAUGUCUCCUAGAAAGCGAGGAUCGGGUGACAAUGGUUGGAAAAGACCUUCAGGAGGAUGAGAGACGAAGGUUGGAGGAGGUGCUGGUAGAGAACAAGGACCUAUUCGCCUGGACUGCAUCGGACAUGCCAGGAAUUCAUCCUGACGUUAUUUCGCACAAGUUGUCUGUAUUUCGAGAUGCCCGCCCGGUAUCUCAGAAGAAAAGGAGGUUAGGCAUAGACAAGAGAAGGGCAGUAGGGGAGGAGGUGGGGAAGUUAAUCGAGGCCGGGUUCAUCAGAGAAGUCAAGUAUACUACUUGGUUGGCCAACGUAGUCAUGGUCAAGAAAGCCAGCGGUAAAUGGAGAAUGUGCAUUGACUUUACCGACCUGAACAAAGCCUGCCCGAAGGAUACAUACCCCCUGCCGAACAUCAACGCGUUAGUGGACGGAGUGUCAGGAUAUGAGGUGAUGAGUUUCCUGGAUGCCUAUUCGGGAUACAAUCAGAUACCUAUGUACCGGCCGGACAGCGACAAAACCGCCUUCAUUACUGAGCAAGGAACCUUCUGUUACGAGGUCAUGCCUUUCGGACUGAAGAAUGCAGGGGCUACGUACCAGAGGCUAAUGGACAAGGUUUUCCAAGGACAAAUAGGCAGGUGCAUGGAAGUGUACGUCGACGAUAUGGUAGUUAGGAGCCGGUCGGUUGAGGAGCACCUAUCGGAUUUGAAAGAAGUCAUGGGGCAACUUCGAAAGUUCGAUAUGCGUUUAAACCCUGCUAAGUGUACCUUCGGGGUAAGGGCCGGGAAAUUUCUGGGCUACAUGUUGACCGCUCGGGGAAUCGAAGCAAAUCCCGACAAGUGUAAGGCGGUGUUGGAGAUGAGAAGUCCCCAAACGGUGAAAGAAGUACAGAGGUUGGUAGGGCGGUUAACGUCCUUGUCACGAUUCCUCCCCCACCUGGCUGGUCGGUCAAAGCCGAUCGUCCGGGCUAUGAAGAAGACCGCACAGGGAUGUUGGGACGAGGAGAGUGAGGAGGCUUUCAGGCGUAUCAAAGAAGUUCUUACUCAGCCCCCCGUAAUGGGCCGGCCGGAGCCUGGUCACGAACUGCAAAUAUACUUGGCAGUUUCGGAGGGAGCCAUUAGCGCAGCCUUGCUACAGGAAGCUCCACAAUUCAAACUGGUAUAUUUCGUUAGCAGAAGCUUGAAGGAGGCAGAGGUAAGAUACCAACAGUUGGAGAAGGUGGCCCUAUCUCUAGUUUAUGCCGCUCGGCGGUUGCGGCCAUAUUUCCAAGGCUUCCAGGUCGUGGUGCGAACGGACUACCCGAUAGCUAAGAUCCUGCGAAAACCAGAUCUAGCAGGUCGGAUGAUAGGAUGGUCGGUAGAGCUGUCGGAGUUCGGUUUGAAGUACGAGCCGCGGGGUUCGGUGCGAGGUCAACACUUAGCAGAUUUUGCUGUUGAUCUGCUCCCUGAAGAAGAGGAGUUCUGCUUGAAGCUUUCGGUUGAUGGGUCAUCUAGCCGAAGAGGAGGUGGAGCGGGGGUGGUCUUAGAAGGACCCUGUGGGAUACUGGUGGAGCAAUCGUUGAUGUUCCAGUUCAAAGUCAGCAACAACCAAGCCGAGUAUGAGGCUCUGCUGGCCGGGAUGGAGUUGGCCAAGGACCUGGGGGUAGAUCGGUUGGAGUGUCAAACAGAUUCCCAGUUGGUCGAAGGGCAGAUAAAUGGGAAUUUUCAGGUGAAAGAUGACCUCUUGUUGCAGUAUUUUCACAAGGCCAAGCAAUUGGCCUUGGGCUUCAAGGAGUUCACUUUGCGGCACGUUCCCCGGUCGGAAAACAUCAGAGCAGAUUUACUUUCAAAGCUGGCCGGCGGAGCCACGAAAGGAGGAUUAGCUUCAGUGAUCAAAUAG